AUGGAACUCGCUCGUGGAUUUUUGUUCGUUUGGAUUUUGGCAAUUCUCUCCCUUCAUCAUUAUUCAAGCAAUGUGAAUGCAAGAUAUCAUUACCACAAGAAGCAGAAAGCGAAAGGGUCCAAUGGAGGGUCUCCUCUUUCUCCAUCCCCUAUUUAUGCUCCUGAUCCUCAAGGCCAUGUUCCAUCUUCCCCUGUUGAUGUCCCUGCUCCUCAAGACCCUGUUCCUUCAACCCCUGUUGACCCUCCUUAUAACCCUCCAUCUAUUCCUUCAAACCCGUAUCCCAAUGAUCCAGGGAAUGCAACAGACUGCAUUUUCGACGUGACUUCUUAUGGUGCAGUUGGGGAUGGUUCUUCCGAUGACACUGCAGCAUUCAGGGAAGCAUGGAAAGCUGCCUGUGCAGUAGAAUCAGCCACUAUUCUGGCUCCAUCAGAUAAAGUUUUCAUUAUCACUUCGACUAUCUUCUCAGGGCCAUGCAAACCUGGACUUGUCUUUCAAGUUGAUGGGGUCCUAAUGCCACCAGAUGGACCUGAUUGCUGGCCGACAGCAGAUAGCCGCAAGCAAUGGCUUGUGUUUUAUCGUCUUGAUGAUAUGAAACUCACGGGGAAUGGAAUCAUUGAAGGAAAUGGACAGAAGUGGUGGGAACUCCCUUGCAAACCUCACAGGGGUCCAAAUGGUUCAAAUAUGCCAGGACCAUGCGACAGCCCUGCUAUGAUCCGGUUCUUUAUGAGCUCCAAUUUAGUAGUCAGUGGCAUAAGGAUCCAAAACAGUCCUCAGUUUCACAUGAAAUUCGACGGGUGUGAAGGGGUUUUAAUAGAAAAGCUGUCCAUAUCAACUCCUAAACUUAGCCCUAACACUGAUGGGAUCCACAUUGAAAACACAAAAUCUGUUGGAAUAUACAAGUCAAUGAUAAGCAAUGGAGAUGAUUGCAUUUCGAUUGGUCCAGGAUGCUCAAAUGUAGACAUUGAAGAUGUCACCUGCGGGCCUAGUCACGGGAUCAGCAUUGGGAGCCUCGGUGUGCAUAAUUCCCAGGCAUGUGUUUCCAACAUAACCGUCCGCAACGCAUUCAUAAGAGAAUCAGACAAUGGAGUAAGGAUCAAGACAUGGCAAGGGGGCUCGGGUUCUGUAUCAGGCAUAUCAUUUGAGAACAUCCAGAUGGAGAAUGUUAGGAACUGCAUUAUCGUAGACCAAUACUACUGUUUAACAAAGGCUUGUCUGAACCAAACCUCAGCAGUUUAUGUGUCAGAUGUGCAAUAUAGGAACAUUAAAGGCACCUAUGAUGUAAGAAGCACUCCAAUCCAUUUCGCAUGUAGCGACACGGUGGCCUGCACAAACAUAACAAUGGCAGAAGUUGAGCUUCUGCCACAUGAAGGAGAAUUGAUGGACGAUCCAUUUUGCUGGAAUGCUUAUGGAAUUGAAGAGACCCCAACUAUUCCUCUCAUUGGUUGCUUACAGGAAGGGAUGCCCCAGACAAUAACAGAGACCUCUCGGUAUAGUUGCUGAGAAGUCCAGAUUUUAGUUUCAUAUUGAUGAUGAUUAUAAUAUAGAAAUACUGUAUAAAGCCCGAGUGGAGAGGGGACAUUAUCUGAAUAUC